AUGGAACUGGAGAGGGCCCUGCUAUCGCCCAUUACAGAGGAACAACCCGCUGUAGCGACGCUAGCAGAGACAACAAACACCGGCCCUCUCGUCGUCCACGUCCAUAUCCAGUUCCACGAUCAGGACCUUCACUCCGUCACUCACAACCAGACAUAUGUUAGCUCGCCAUACUUCGAACCUACGGGGAGGAUAUGCAAUGGCUUGCUUCGCCGCAUCGAGCACUGCUCCGAGGAGCUCAUCACCCGGACCGACCCCACGGCCCUUGACAUGAUCAAGGAAGGAUCCCAUGACCGUAAGCCAUUGCGCUUCGAACUCACCUAUCGCGUCACAAGAGCUGGAUGGAUGGGGGAAUGGGCCGUCAGGACGUACAGGUCGUAUCAGCAACGGCCUUUAACAGCCGCGUCGGCCAAGGAGGUUAUCAUCGCAAGUCACCAGACGGUAGGCAUGUUUUUCCGACGACAUGACAGUGACUUUCGAUGGCUGGGGGGCUCUGUUCUCGAUGCGACACCCGAAACCGCCGAUUCGUCUCUAGACUCAGAAGUUGGGCAGAUGUCGCUUGUCGCUAUUCCCUCACCCCGAUUUUUCGAGGAGUCCCAGACAUUCGAAUUCGUCCCCGGUUACAGUAUCGAGGUCUCCCUUCGACACAGGAACCCACGGCGACUUAUUCCGGCAUUCAAGAGGGCAGUCAAGGUUUACAGCAGACAGGCGACUCCUCUUACGGCUGAGAUGGGCAGAGAUCUACUGGCGAACGCAGCAGAGGCUAUUAAUCGCAGCUUGGGUCCCAGGAGGCAGAGGCUUGAAAUUCAUGCGCAGCAAUGUACAACAAUGACAUGCCAGCAUCGCGACAGUACGGCCCUCAAUAUCGACGUGAGGAUCUCAAACGGAAUGGGGCCUGCUCACAACAGCCUACAGCGCAGCAUAAGAAGCAGUCUCUCAUUAUUUCACGAUUCUCAUGGCGAAGAUUUUGUGCGAGAUGUUGAGGAGUCCCUUGCAGAUGUCACACAGGUCAUCGAUGCCCAGAUCAACCAAACGAACGAUUUCGAAUUCACGAUAUGUGAGUUGAAAGGGGUGAACUGGUCAGUUCAGGUACCUGCGGCAUUCACAGUCGGGCCUUCUGCAUCGCACGGGCGACGAGACAUCCAGGCGGUUUUAGACCGUAUCCAGACUAGCAUCGGCGAUGUCCUACAGGGGCAUAAUACCGCUGUACGUGUCAACGCACGGAAGCGGGGACAUCUGGUGUUCAAAGAGGUGAUACAAACACAUGAGAUACCCGAAAGGUUAAAAGAGACUUUCCAAUCACACGAGGAAGAAGGGUCUGUCCUGACGUCCAGACUCAAGGAACGAAUCCAGAAGGAUAUCGACAUGAUCUUUAAGGACACCUGCUCGAUCGACGACAUUGCGCUGGAAGAGGAAGAGAGACACCCUCAUCCAAUCGAGGUUCCGCUCUCGCCGGGCCUCUCAGUCGAGUGGCCUGAGAGACAAAACGGACCAUCACUAGAAUUUCCCCCUUUAUCGGCAAAGACUUCGACCGAGCGAGUAAACGACAACCCAAUAUCCUUCGUCAAACGAGCAUUCUCACUCAAACGGCGCUCCACAUCAUCAUUAAGGCAAAGUCUACGGUCUAUUGCUAGCAGCAGAUCCAGUCUGAACAGCCAAGACGACAGCUGCUCCGUUAAUAUCCCACAUUUUCCCGAAGCCCCCGCGAGACCGGUAUCUCCCACCCCAGCAACAUCAACAAAGUCCUCGAAGAAGAGGUUCAGCCUCGGCAAGAAAAUUUCCAACAUGUUCAAAUCGAAGGACUCCAAAAGCGACUUGAAAAGCGAUGUGAAGACCGAUAUCAAAAGCGAGUCGAGCUCCAGGCGACGGUUUUUCAGGUCUUCCUCGUCCAAAAGUACUAAUGCAGUGCCCGUGGCACCUGUAGAGCCAAAGUUGAUGCGAGCUCACACCGUCACGGAAGCAAGCGGCGGUCGGACGCUGCAUCGCCCUACGCGUUCGAUGACGUCGAAUCCAUUAGGUAGCUAUGACGCCACUCAUUCCGCAAGAGGAUCUGUUGAACAACCUCGACCAUUCCAAGCAGCAACUCCCAACCUGGCGAACAGGCACGGGAUUGCAUCCAAAAUUUUCGAAACAUAUCCACAACCGACAGAACCGCGAUGGUCUAUUGAUCGUUUGGAACGACCUGUGAUGGAUACUCCGCAGCUUUAUGAGGAUGCCAAAGAGUUCCCGCACCAAUUGCUCACUCCGGGGCUUACGGCACGAAGCACCGACACCCCUAACCCUUUCCACUGGUUGGCGAGCCCCGGAGCGGAUGCAUACUCGACGGCACCGUCUACACCUGCAUUGAGUUUAGGUGGAGAGUCUUCGCCAAGGCACAGCUUGCUAAUAAGCCCGAUACAUGUGAGACAUCUGGAGUUGAAGGAUAAUACCUCGAGCGAUUUUGAACCUGAAUCCGAGCCCGAAGAGCCCGAGGUUGGGACGGGGGUGACUACGGUGGGCGCUUCGGUCGCGGCAGGGAUGGAAGUUUUGAAGCCUUCGGAAGAUGACGUGCGAUCUGUUGUGUUAACGCCUAAGGACCACACUAUACAGCCCGAGCAAGUAGCCGAGGAGUCCGAUGAAGAAGCUGUAAAGUCAGUGUCUUAUGAUGCUACCGCAACGGCCACUUCGGUAAAAGACACCACGACGGCGCCGUCAGAUUUGCACAAAACAGAAUCGGAGCCUAUAAUAUUGGACGAGACAUUGGCUUCCGAGAAUCGAGAACUCGGAACCGAGCCUGCACCACUGUCCAAUGAGACUCUGUCUGAAGAGUCGGACUUCCCCAAAACUGCUAUCCGCCCGCCGCAGCCCAGUCAUGAGACAACGGUCUCUGUGGAUGCCCGCAAUGCGAAUUCGGAAACAAGGUUGGCUUCAGAUAAAGGGACCGAAGUGCAAAAUGCUCCCGUCGUCCAGAAUGAAGAUCGGGUGAAUGCGACUGAGACCGACUAUUUCAAGGAUUUCGAGUCUCUUGCCGAAAGCAAACCAGUCGCGAAUAUCAUUGGCUCUGCUAUUCACGCGAGUGAAGCAAACGACGCGACCGUCUCUCUAGUUGAUAACCCUGCCGACGACCUGAAUGGGCUGGUUGCGGAACCGGCAAUUACCCAGUCCGGGCCCGAGGGAGACAAAGCCGAGCAUCAACAUGGCCAGGACUGCGACACACGAGGAUCCGAUGUGGAUGAUGUGCCCCCUACCUCCACCGAGGAGGUUGCCCAUGAUAUCCAGCCGACUGUGAAGGCGUUUCAAUCCGGCCCCGAAGAUCAGACUGCUGAGCCGGAUAAUUACGAGGCUGACCUUGUCGCAAGCGAAAUCCGUGACGAGCCCCCUUCAAUGGAUGAAGUCACCCAAGAUUGCAAUGGUAAAGUCUCUGAAGAUGAGAGUGUCGACGCACCUUCAAGAGAUGAAACAAGUCCUCUCGCUGAGCUUGCUGCUCAGGAGCCCAAGCCAGCGCAGUCCAGCCCUGAAGCAGAGGCAUCUGAAACAGGCGAGGAUGGCGCCAAACGCCCCAUUGAGGAUCUGGACCAGAAUGUGUCCGCGGAUUUCUUCGGUGACGUCUCCGAGCCUUCGGUUGCAAAUCACAUUACCUUCGAAGUAUCAGGGGAGCCCAUGGAAGCCAGGGAAACUAUGGUUCAGACGGACACAUCAAGCGAAGGGUCUGUCUCCGAACAUGACAAGGAGUGGUCUGAACUAGCAGAGGGUGACAGUAUCUCGCCCGCGGGCUCAAAAACACUCGUCGAAGAUCAAGAGGAAACAGACAUGAUCAAUACCCUCGCAUCACUUCACAUCUCUUAUACCAACAAAGCUACCGGCGCGAGUACCAAAGGUCAUCAUGUUUUCUUUCCAUGGACGACAAGUGCCGUCGGUUCCGCAUCAGAGCAUCCUGGGUCCAACAAUCAGGACGUUAACGGGAGUACACUGGUGGCGCACGUAGAGAUUCAUGAAUCUGAAACUCGGGAGCCAUCGGACCUUGAAUCAAAGGACGAAGAGAAUACCUUCGGUCCCGUACCAGUGCCCGUCGAGUCCAAGGAAGAUGUUCUUUCCGAUAAUGACACAAUCGAAAUUACUGAUGAAACACCGAAUAGCCUCAGGCAACCAGAUUGGGUGUUUGAAGAGACGGACCGGCCUCACUCAUUGGUAGACACCAAUCACCUCCAACCUUUUGAAGCUCUGGACUCUAGGUCUGAUGCUAUCAAUGUCUCCGCGGGCCCUGAAUUAGCGGCAGAGUCUCCCGAUAUUCAAGAUAAUGAUCAUACCCACAUACUCCCCGAAGCCCCCCUUCCGCUUGAGGACGCUCCCGAUGCUCAAAAGUCGGAGGUGACCUUUCCAAAGGUCGACAAGGCUGACGAGUCAGUGGCUGUGGCUGUGGCUACUGUAGAGCGGACUCCUGAUAUCGAGGAGGAUUACGAGCUGUCAUUUGGUACGGUUGAAACAGCGGCAGAUAUCGAUGCUGUGGAAGCUGUCGAUGAUGUCCAGCACGUCGAGCACGUUGAGGAUGUUGGGACUGCCGUUGAAGCUCCGGAUUUCCAAGAAGACGAGAAGAUUGAGGUCAACGCUACUAAGCCCGACAUGACCGCCCAAUAUGUUUGCAGUUUCGAGGAGCGGGGCCGGCCGUUCGUCAGCACCUCAGACGUUGUUGAGCGUGGCCAUGCUUCUGAUGAGGUCUACGAUAAUCGGGAUGCUGGCGUUGGGGAGAAACCUCACUUUGAUGAUUCGGACACCGAGCAUCGUGAGCCCACGAUUCCUCAAUUCUGGCCCGAUCCCUCCUCGGUCUUCAUUCCGUUCGCCCCUAAGGAGGUCUUGGAAAACGACACUGAGCUUUUUCAUCCUGACUCUAUGUCCACGAUGGAUGUUCCAAUUCUCGGCGUGGAGACGGUUGAGCAUUGCGACCCAACUCUACCGCAGUUCCGUUCCAGUGACGUCCUUGAGAUUGCCUCUCGUUCUUACGCCGUUAGUGGGGAUACAGAGGAGGGGUUUGAGGUAUUCGAACCUACCGAAGCAGUUAGCGGUCGUGUGGAAGAAAAGGCCAAUUACCGCGAUCCCACCAUGCCCCAGUUCCGGCCUCAUGUACUUCUGCAGCCGACGCCCACCCCCCUGGUGUCACAUGUUCAAAUGACUGAGGAUAGCAUUGCCUCUCAACAACCCAUGGAAGCGUCCAAGGAGGAAAUCUCUCAUCGUGGCAAGGACGAGACUGAGUACCGCGAUCCUACAAUGCCUCAAUACCGACCCAACUCAUUCAGAAGUGUCCGCAGCCCCUCGGUCUCUACCAUGAUGGCUGAGACGGCUGGGUAUGAAGAGAAACCGGUACCAAUACUCAUCGAUGAGGCUCUGAUCGAAACCACCAAAUUUAGCGAAGGAGAUCUUGACUGUUGCGAUCCUACGAUGCCUCAAUUCCGGCCAAACUCAAUCCUUGACAGCACCCCCAUUUCCUCUGUCUCCGAUGAACCAGUCCAUGAGCAAGGAGAGCAACCUGAUAUACCCACUGAAGAUGAUAGCACGGAAACCCCCUCACGAGAUGAUCUAAGCGUUGAGUACCACGACCCAACAAUGCCUCAAUUCAAGCCGAACUGGGACGGUCCGGAGUUACCUCGCCUCGGCCAAGCUGGCUCUGCGCUACCGACACAACAGAGCGCUGAGUACCAUGACCCAACAAUGCCUCAAUUUAAGCCGAACUGGGACGGUCCGGAGUUACCUCACCUCGGCCAAGCUGGCGCUGAGCAACCGACACAACAGAACGCUGAGCUGACCAACCUUGAGCCUAUGGAGAUUGAGAAGGAUGAUGAUACAGCUAAAGAAGUCAACGCAGAAAAUACAGAGUCUCCCAGGCAGCUCAAUGAUUCCACUCAGCCUGAGCGUGUCGGAACCGAAGCUCCUGAUACUGAAGAAGUUAGAGACAUGCAGGCUGAAUCGCUCGAGUCUGACAAUGCCCGCGACAGAAUGCCGGAAGCAAAGUUUGUGGAAGUGGAGUCUCCUGAACACAUCCAGCCUGAUAAUGCCCCUGUUACUGAACCUGUGGGCGAGACUUAUCCCGGGACUGAAGAUGAAGAGGUCGACUUUGACCCCAGUGAACCCCUGUCUCAGCCAGCUACUGAGCAAUCUCAAGGAACCCAGGCAGAGGAGCUUCCCCAAGACCAGUUUGACACUCUUUUUGUGCCGGUUGAUCCCAGACCCGCUACAGAGCUUGGCACCAUCGAAACUGGUGCCAAUGAACUUGCCGAGAGUGAUUCCGAAUCUUCCUCUCAGCCAUCUUCUGAGUCAGGUUCUGAGCGCACCCCAACCCCUUGGGGGGAGGAGCUUUACCAUGAUCAGCAUGAUGCACUCUUUGAGCCUAGGGAAGGGUGCAUUCACCAGGUGGCUGCGGAUGAUGCAGCCCUCAAAAUUUCAGGAGUCUCUAAGCUCGACCGGGUCGAGUAUCGCGACCCGACGAUGCCUCAGUUCCGGCCUAAUGUCUUCCUUCCGUACCGCGAUCCUACCAUGCCUCAGUUCCGGCCUAACGCGGUUAUGAUAAUCUCUCCGAUCACUGUCCCUGAGAGAGUGCAAGAAUCAGCUGAGGAGCUCGAUUCCGACUACAUUAUUGAUCGUGCCAUGGAUGUCCUCGAUCAGCUUGAAAGCGAAGAGAGAGCGGGUCUAAAUGAGGAAGUCGUCGAUCAAGUGAUUGAUCUGUGCGAGCAAGUUCUUGAGCAAUCUAGUGCCGAGGAUGAACAGACCGAAGAUCCUCUUGAGCAGUUUGAGGCCAACAACGCUCUCGAACAGAUCGAAGCUGAGACUGAACAAACUGAGAGGCUUCUCAAGGAACUCAACAAUGAACAACUUGAGCGCACCAUGGAGCUAUUCGAGGAAGCCAUUACUGGACAGGCUCUAAAAGAAACUGACAAUGCCCUUGAUGAAAUUGCGGCCGAGGCUGUACAAACUGAGGAGCUUCUCAAGGAGCUUGAUACUGCGCAAACCGAGCGGGUCCUUGAGAUUGCCCAAGACCUUGAGAUCCAUCAUUCACUCGAUGAAAAUGAGAAGACGCUUGAGCAACCUGACAUUGAAGUCGAAUACACUGAAGAGCUCCUUGGACAGGUCGAUGCUGAGCAAACGGAGAGGGUCAAAGAGCUCGUCGACCAGCUUGAAACAGAGAAGGAGAAUGAGCAAAAUCAGGCAAGCCUUAAAGAGAUCAAUGCUGAGAUCGGAAAAACUGAGACGUUGCUCGAGGGACCUGAUCUCAAGCAACAUGAACGCGCAGAGGAGAUCCCUCAGCAACAAGGAUCUCAGCAGGAUGUCACCCUCACUGCUGCGGACAAAUCAUCAGAAAAACCCAUCAAACCACCAGUGGCUGGACAAGCAGUUGAUGUUCCUGAAUCAUUCCUGGAUGAGUUCCCCGAAGACAAAGAGCAAACCCCCCCUUCAGCUGUCCUUCCUGCCGAAGCUGCGGUUGCGGAGGCUGCUGCUGGCGUGCCACUUGCGUCCCACAGAUUUGUGUCAAGGCCAUCCACUCUUGGGUACGCUGAAAUUGGUACCACUGAGAUGCAAGAUACUCCUCAACAGCCUACUGUCGCCGUGGUUGAUAAGGCUCCUGUCGGUGAAUCGAGUAUCAUUCCGAAUGUUCAGCUUGAGCAUCCCGGGAUUGAGCUCGCCAAUCUCGAAGAUGAAGGUCUUGAGGAUGCCGAUGUGGCGUCCGAUGUCCCUUCAGUUGAGCCUACUAUUGGCACUGUCAUUGUCAACUGUGAGACGUGGAUCGAGCAUACUGAUCUUGGGAAUAUCGCCCUGGAGACCCCUGCUUCUGUUGUUCAGCGAGCGGCAGAGGAAACUUCGAGCCAUGAGCCAAUCGUCCAAGAAGCCCAUCCAGAGUUCCCCAACAUUGAGCACGCCAACCUUGAAGACGAAGGCCUUGAAGAUAGCGAGUUGCAAGCGGACAUCGCUUCCGCUGAACCCGCGGCUGAGCCAGUCGUGAUCAACUGCGAGACUUGGAUCGAGCAUGCUGACGUUGAGGAUGCUGGAGUUCAGGUCCAGGUGCCUCAUGUUGUGUCUUCCGGUGAGGAGACGACCAUGGAAUCAACCGUGAUCCCUGUUCAAUCAUCACACGGAGAAAUUCUUGCUGAGAAGUCUUACAUUCCCCUUGCUGAACCUACGCCCAUUUCUGAAUGUAUCGCUAAACCUUAUUACGAGGAUCUGGCUGCCACUGAAUCUCAAUCCGAGCAAGAGACCAGCACCAAUGAGCCAAUGAUCGAUAGCGAUAUCGACAAGGAUGAGCCUUUGGCUUGUCAGGUUUCGCAUGAGCAAGAUGCGAAUUUUGAAGAGCAAGAUACUCUUUCCGAAGUGGUUGAUCGAAGCUUGGGUGAUGCUCCUGGCACUGAAGACACUGAUGACUCGACUGGAGAUGUGGAUACAACUAAUGCCGAUGGGCCUCUCAGAGUCGAGUCGCUUGAUAACCUCAGUCGAUCCGCGGAGGCUAUCGAGAACAAGCUGAGGGAGCCCCUCGGAGUUGAGUCUGCCACUGGCGAGGAUGAGAAGGCCGAGGGUGAGGAAGUGAUACCAGCUACAGAUCCAGUCGAGGAACCGUUGCCUCUGGAACUCGAGGCAAAUAUCGAGGAGACUGGAGACUUUGACAAGACUCCACUUGCCAUUCCAUCGGCCAAACACGAGGAUGUGAUCGUGGAACAGGAAAUGCUUCAGAACAUCCCAGCAGCUGCCCUUUCUGACCUGUGUCUCCUUGAAGAGAUUGUCCCUGACCAGCCAAUAUCUGCCCCGGCAAUCCCCCUCAUCACCCAAGAGAUAUCAGAGCCAGCCCAGCAACUGUCUGACAUCAAUUCCUGUCAAGUAUUCAGAGUCAGUCCUCGCGGCUCUGUCGACACCAUCCGCGGUUCGGAUGUUGACGAGGAAGAAGCUCCUGAGCUGUAUGCUCCUCCGCCAACGGCUGGUUUCUUCGGAUUCCAUCACUAUCACGAGAACAAGUGGGCUAAGGUCGGCUUGUUCGAAGUCUUGAUUAACUCGACCUCUCGUCGGUUCAGUCUUCCCCUUCAGUCCUUGUUGCACCGUAAGCAUAGGUCCGACGCUUGUCCGUAAGCGACAUUAAUUGGCAACAAAAAACU